UUAAAAUGGUCAUUAAGAGGAGGACAUUUCACUCACUACAGGACUAGAGAGAGAGGAGCAUGCUGUGAGGGGUUAUUACAGAGAGAGAGAGAGGAGCAUGCUGUGAGGGGUUAUUACAGAGAGAGAGAAAGGGAGGGAGGGUGAAAGGGAGCGCGUAGGGGAGGGAUAGUGGGACAGUGAGCUGAUGAGAUACAGAGCAUAUCAAGAGGCAGAGAGAGAUCAGCAGAGAGAGAUCGGUACACGUCGAGCCUUCCCAAGAAAAUGACCAAUUUCGCAGGCACUUGGAAAAUGAGAAGCAGUGAGAAUUUUGAUGAACUACUCAAAGCACUUGGCGUCAAUGCUAUGUUAAGGAAGGUGGCUGGUGCCGCGGCGUCCAAACCUCACGUGGAGAUCAGGCAGAAUGGGGAGCAGUUCUACAUCAAGACCUCCACCACCGUGCGCACCACCGAGAUCAACUUCCUCAUAGGCCAGGAGUUCAAUGAGGAGACAGUAGAUGGCAGGAAGUGCAAGAGCCUGGCCACAUGGGAGACAGAGAGCAAAAUGUACUGCAGGCAGACUCUCCUGGAUGGCAACGGCCCAAGGACCUUCUGGACCAGAGAGCUGAGGGGAGAUGAACUCAUACUGACCUUUGGGGCAGACGACGUGGUUUGCACACGGAUUUACGUACGAGAAAAUAAAUAACGUAGCUUCAGGACGGACCAGGACCAUCAUAAUGGGCUCCAUCCCCCUUGGUCCAGCUGCAGUAACUCCCCAAUACACCCAUCUUCAGAGAAAUAUUUCAUAACAUAUAUCGGAUUAAACAGACAUUUACCAUGCUUCAUGUAACUAGACCAAACAUGCAAUUGUAUUUAGACAACGUUGUUUCUCAUGCCAACUGCCACUUUAAUAAAACAAUGUUUUGUC